AGUUUAUUUAUAGGAGAAUGUCAUGACGCAACCGGACACUUUGGCUACAAAAAGACGAGUGUCAAUCUAGUACAGUGAUUUUGGUGGCCUGGAAUGCUAGAUGACGCAAAGAAGUAUGUAGAGACCUAUCGGGUCUGUCAGCGGGACAAGCCGCGAACUCAAGCACCGCUUGGGUUGCUGAAGGCCUUACCUAUCCCCGCUGGUCCAGGACAGAGUGUUUCCAUGGAUUUCAUGGACACCUUGGUGACCAGUAAGAGUGGCAAGAGGCACAUCUUCGUCAUCAUCGAUCGAUUCACCAAGUACGCUAGACUAGUUGCCAUGCCAGAGACCGCAAGGACUGACCACGUCAUCAAGUUGUUUAUGGACAACUGGGUGCGUGAUUUUGGACUUCCAAAGUCAAUCGUUAGUGACAGAGAUGUCCGAUUCACAAGUGAGCUGUGGAAGAAGACUGCUGAGCAGAUGGGCAGUCAACUUCAGAUGACUUCAGGGAAUCAUCCCGAAGCCAACGGACAGGCCGAGCAAAUGAACAGAUUUGUACAGCGCUUGUUGAGGCAUUACAUCAAGCCCAGCCAGGAUGAUUGGGAUGAGAAGUUGCCUCUCAUCGCUAGCCUGUACAACAAUGCUGUACACAGCAGUACCGACGUCAGUCCUAAUCAGCUGCACUUGGGAUGGAAGCCUAGAUCAGCUCUAGACUUCCUCCUACCCGAAAACCGAUCCUUUGCAACUCCAGGCACACUUGAGUAUGGUGUGCAGUAUGAGAAGUUGCUGCAGCAAGCUGUCGAGCACAUCAAGAAAGCUCAACAAGCAAUGAUUGCUUCUGAGAACAAGCAUCGACGACAAUCCUCAUUUCAGGUAGGGGAACGUGUCUGGGUCAAGGCUAGUGAGCUAGGACAGGAAUUCGGUAUCUCUAGAAAACUAAUGCCUCAGUAUUUUGGUCCCUGGGAAGUCCUGGAUAUCGUGGGGAAUGAGAUGGAUUGUCCUACCUAUGUUAUCCGUAUCCCUAGACACCUACGCACUCACCCUGUCUUUCAUGCCUCAAAGCUUGCACCUUUCGCUGAGACGGAUCAAUUCCCUUCAAGGAGAUCGAUGCUGCCCCCAACCAUGGAUGGUCAAGUGGACAUCGAUGACAUUGUGGAUCACAGAGAUCUGCCUGUUCAAAAGCCAUUGGGUAGAGGAAGACCUCCAAGACCCAAGCGGGAGUAUCGCGUCAGAUUCAGGCAUCAUACAGAUACGAAGGAAGAUCGAUGGUUCACCAGAGAGGAACUGAUUGACACAGCUCCUCAAGUGGUGGCAGAGUAUGAGAGAAUGUUAAAAGGGAAGGCACCUGCGAAGUAAGCAUCUCAGCGGACUUUCGAAGCAAUGUGAGGAUUGAGCCCUCAAGAAGGGGCCUUGCCAUGAAGUACAUGUUCUGGGCUAAGGCCCCAGCAAG